AUGUGGAACGACGAGGAUAACAACCCCUACGGGACCAGCUUCGACCGCCGCGACUCGCAGACGUCAUCCUCCAUAAAUCCGGCGUCGCCAUCUUCUCGAGAUUACCGAUCCUUCGACGCUCCCCGAACCCCAACGUCAGGCAGCGAAGAUGAUGAGCCAAUCUUUAGCCAAGCGACUGCUGGCCCCCGGCAUGAGAGUCACGAUCAUGCGGCGCCUCCAGACGAGCCCGUUCAAAAGAGAAAGCCUGGGGGCUAUACAAGCCGCAUCGAACAGAUACUAUACGAAAACCCAAGCAUGCCCAUCUUGAUCACGGAUGCGGGCAAGAGUUUGGAAAGCGGAGGUCGAUACAUAGUGUACACUAUCCGAACCGGGGAUCUAGAAGUUCGACGACGUUACUCCGAAUUCGCGUCACUCAGAGACGCUCUGACUCGAUUGCACCCCACUCUCAUUAUUCCGCCGAUUCCUGAAAAACACACCAUGGCAGACUACGCUGCCAAGCCAACCAGUGCCAAGCAGGAUCAGCAGAUAAUUGACCUUCGAAAGCGAAUGUUGGCAGUCUUCUUGAAUCGCUGUCGCCGUAUGGAAGCAAUCCGAGACGAUGGUGUAUGGUGGCGGUUUCUCGACCCGAAUGCUAGCUGGAGCGAGGUACUACAUUCACAUCCCAUAUCUUCCAUUCCCAAGGCCAUUCUCAAGGCUCCUCCAUUGGACACAGCGAAUCCAACACCGGCACAUAAUUUCCUUCCGGUGCCUUCCACCUCAGCCAAGCUCAAGACAACAGCCGGCGCGACUUAUGACAUCAAUCCCUCAGUACCACAAACCGGGACACAUGUCAUAGGCCGCUUCCCUCCGGAUUCUACGACGCAGAACGAACACGAUCUGGACCCUUACUUCAUAUCUUACGAGGCUUCCAUCAAGGAACUCGAGCAACUUCUCAUGGGACCCAUGGAGAAAGUCAAUCGCCGAACUCUUUCUCAUCUUUCAUCCCUUGCGGCAGAUCUUUGCGAGCUAGGCUCGCGUUACAAUGCAUUUGCCUUGUCUGAGCAGGCUCCUUCACUGGGUCCUGCAAUUGAGCGAAUCGGCCAGGCGGCUGACUUGUCGUAUAUUGCCACCGAGGAGUUAGCCGGGUCCCUUGGCGCAAGCUUCGCCGAGCCAAUGAGAGAAAAUGCCCAAUUUGCUGGUGUCGUCAAGAGCGUGCUCAGAUACAGAGUACUGAAAAGAGUUCAGCAGGAUCUCACGACAGAAGAACUGGCUAAGAAGAGGGGACUGUUGGAGCAGCUGGAACAAAGCGAGACGGAAGCGAGGCGAAUCGAACAAUACCUGUCCAGCAGCCAGCAACAAUCCCUCCCGCCGAAGCGAUCCACGAGUCUAAAAGAGCCGUCGUCUCAGCAUAGGCGCGAUACGGGACAAGACGACACCGAAUCCAUCGACUCAGACUUUCCUCCAACUCAUGGGGAUUUCUCCUCGCCGACGCCAUCCGCCAGCCAGGGCCUCCCUGAGCGUAGCGCCAGUGUGUCUCAUAAGAAAGCACCUAGCAGUAACUCCAUCACGAACAAAAUAUUCGGGCCUCUGCGACACGCUAUACAGGGGGUCGCAGAUGUUGAUCCUGAGCGGACGCGACGCGACACCAUCGGUAAAACCCGAGAAUCGAUUGCCCAAUUAGAGAAGGCUCAAAUAGUUUCAGAACGGGAUGUUAAGGAGGCGAGCGCGAGUGUAUUAAGAGACUUGAAGAGAUUCCAGAAAGACAAGGAAGACGAUCUCAAGCGGUACAUGCUAGCAUAUGCAAAGAGCCAAAUUGAAUGGGCCAAGAAGAGCAAACAACAAUGGGAAGAGGCACGGACAGAAGUUGACAAGAUAGAUGAAAAUUAA